AUGACAAACAAUAAUAAUAAAGCAAGAGAAUUUAUAGAAACUUAUGUUAAUCAAUCAACUGAUGAACAAGAUUACUUGCUAAAAGAACAACCGCGUUAUGAUCCAACAAAGCCUAUUCCUAAUGUCAAAAUAGAAGAACAAAAGAAAGAACAGCUACCAGAAAAGACUGAAAGUCAUUUCAAUAUGCAUGCACAAACAGUUAACCCGAUACCUACUGGUUCAUCAGAUAAACCAUCAAUGGAAACAUACACAUCAAGUAGAGAGCAAAGAAAUGAAAUUCAUGAAACAGCGCUUACUGUCUGUGCUGAUCUUCAUGAAAACUUGAUGACCUGCUUCCAACAUGGCAGUUGGUGGGAUAAAGCAAAGAUGUGUGAGGAACAAAAACAAAAGUUUUGGGCAUGUUAUAGCGCACAAAAGCAGUUUUUAAAAGGAGUUAAUUAUAAGGGACCAGGAAAUACAGAACAGGAAGAUGCUCGUAUAUUAGUGGGUGCCUAUAAGCUUCGAGAUAAACUAGGAAAUAAUUCAGAAACAGCGUAA